GAUGAAUUUGAGCUGAAGUGCCGGCCUGACCUCAGUGGGUUCAAUGUUGGAAAUGGGACCAAAUAUGGUAUACAGGUGAGACAUCUUUGUCAUUGUCUUUUUAGGUGUGGACAUCUGUUGUGUUCUUUGACAAGGGCUGUUGUGCUGCAUGACUCAUACUCUCCCAACACAUCACAACCAUUGGCCCCGUCACAUGACAGCACACAGUGAUUCAAUAUCUUUUGUGGAUGAAAAUAUUCUGGUGAAUCUUGUCAAAGGGUUGGAGAAAUAUAUUACUGUUGACUUUACUGCAUCAACAUAAAGGUCUGCUACAUGGAGAAAUAUAUUACUGCUUACUCUGUUACUCUAACAUAGUGGUCUAGUUCUUGGAGAAAUCAAUUACUGCUUACUCUAUUUCUCCAACAUUAAGGUCUUGUCCAUAGAGAAAUAUGUUACCACUGACUCUAUUAUUUCGAGGCCUGAAUCAUUACACCAACAAAAUUUGUUAUCUCCCUUGUUUCAAGCCUCAUUCUGACCAUUGUGAGGAUUUUAAAAAAAAUUAUUAUAGUUGUUUCUUAUUUUCAGAUUAAAGUUGGUAACCUGGUGUUCAACAGCACACAGCUUGGCCUGGUAGAUUUCAUUAGGUCGGCUGCUGCGGGCAUGUCUGGGGGCAUCGUCACCAUCAUCAUUCUCGUUGUCCUGAUCGUAGUGGCAGUCAUCAUCCUCAUUGUUGUCAUGAAAAGACAACGUUGUGGAUUCUUCAAGUAG